CGGAGGCGCUAGUGGGAGCGGCCAGGAGAGCGGGGCGGUGGAGUUGCACUCCCUGGGUCGUGGAAGGGAGACGGAGCAGGUCAGCGAAAGGGAGCGUGCACUCCAGAAAGGCUUCUCGGGGGUCGUGGCAGGACAGUCAGGGGCGACGCAGGUAGCGGGGUGAAGACCACACAGGGCCCGUUUGGGACCCUCGUCCCUCUCCCCACGCCCUGCUCUCAGCAUUCUUCCCCUCCGUCCCUGCUCGCGGUGCUCCGCCAUGGCCAAGCCGCCUGCCCCGGGCUCGGUGCUUGUCCCAGACUGGCAUGAGAGCGCUGAGGGCAAGGAGUACCUGCGGUGCAUUCUGCGGAAGAGCCGCCGCCGCGUGUUUGGUGAGUGCCUGUCACCUGUCACUUCUGUCACCUGUUGCUCCCUUCAGGGAGCAGAGGAGUCGGUAGGAAAGGGGAGCCUGGUGGCAAAGGCCCACAAACUGCUCCUUCCUAGCCCCCACCAUGCUAAGUGGCUGCCCCGGCCCUCCACAGGCAUCCAGACCACCGUGGUGUUCUGGCCUGCCAAGCUGCAGGCCAGCAGUCGGGUUGUCAUGUUCCGUUUUGAGUUCUGGGACUGCGGGGAGUCGGCGCUCACAAAGUUUGAUCACAUGCUGCCGGCCUGCCAGGAGAAGGCAGACGCUUUCCUAUUCCUCUUCUCCUUCACCGACCGCGCCUCCUUCGAAGACCUCCCCGGACAGCUGGCCCGAGUCACAGGGGAGGCCCCUGGAGCCGUCAAGAUGGUCAUUGGCUCCAAGUUUGACCAAUAUAUGCACACGGAUGUGCCUGAGCAGGACCUCAGGGCCUUCCGGCAGGCCUGGGAGCUGCCCCUCCUGCGAGUGAAGAGCGUGCCAGGGCGGCGGCUGGCUGAUGGGCGCACGCUAGACGGGUGGGCGGGGCUGGCCGACAUGGCCCACGUGCUCAACAGCCUAGCUGAGCAUCUGUGGCACCAGGACCAGGUGGCCGCUGGCUUGCUCGCCAGCUCCCCAGAGAACACCCCUGACUAAGCAGCGGUAGCAGCCUUGCCAUCCCUGCCUGACCUUCAGGUGCCGGAUGACUCUGGACCCGCGCUUGAGGCAGGGACCAGCCAGAGGCGAUGCUGGGGUGGACGGCAGCCCAGUAAAGCCUGGCCCCAGUACUGCUGUCCUUGGGGACUGUGGCUGUGAGGGCACAGGGUUUGCAGGGAGUCUAGGUGCCCUCUGCCCUCACUCCACCCUGGGCUCGAGACUUCUGGAAACAGGAAUGCUGCACGGGCCAGGUCCCAGGACUUAACCCACUACCAUCCCCAUCCCACAUCCUCCCCCUCUGAACAUCUGGCAGGUUAUCUGGUGUGGGGUGAGGUGGGGGGCACUCAGCAGGGACCUGGGCUCCAGUGAAUUCUGUCAGCAAUGCUAGAGCCCAAGAAUGGCCACCUCGGGUACACAGAGGUUAAGUGCACUAGACUCCAGUGUCCACCAGCCUGGGAUGGAGGCCUGGUUCUACUCUUAAUGGGUCUUCAUGCUACACAGGGUUUGGUCCUGGUUACCAAAUGUAUUAGUCUGGGUACUUUGGAGAAACAAAUCCACAGCAACUCAUGUAUAAGAGAGAGUUUUAUGUAAAGAAA